AUGAUUUCAUCCUCCUCCUCUUUGUCGUCCUCAAAAAAGUCGCUCCUUUGUUGUUUUACGUCUUCGUCUUCAAAGUCGUCCUCGUUUUCGAGAAGAAGGAAUACGAGUAACGCAGUUUUCGCGUCGAGAAACGUUCACGACGAACGAGAUUUUCAUCAUCAUCGUGGGAAAAGCGGCAGUCGUCGUUGCCGCGGCAAAAACAUCGUCAGAGCGUCGUCGUCGCCCGAACAACAACAGCAACAACAACAACGAGUAAACAAAGAAGUCGAGCGGUACAUGGCGAGAGGAGUCUCCGCGUCCAAAGAAGACGUGCACAAAGCGAUAAAAAACGUCAGCAAAGGAUUGUUUCCCAAGGCGUUUUGUAAAGUGGUUCAGGAUAUCGCGAUGGACCCGGAAUAUUGCACGUGCGUCCACGCGGACGGCGCGGGGACGAAAUCAUCGCUCGCGUACGCGUACUGGAAAGAGACGGGAGAUUUGAACGUGUGGAGAGGCAUCGCGCAAGACUCUGUGGUUAUGAAUACGGAUGAUUUGUUGUGCAUCGGGUGCGCGGACGAUAUAUUGUUGUCGUCGACCAUCGGGAGGAAUAAAGGAUUGAUUACCGGGGAGGUUUUGACGAAUCUGAUCGAAGGAACGGAGGAUGUGUUGAAGACGAUGCGAGAGUGUGGGGUAGGGAUUACGAGCACGGGAGGAGAAACCGCAGAUCUCGGGGAUUUGGUGAGAACGGUUGUGGUCGAUUCCACCGUGUGCGCGAGGAUGAAAAGAGAAGACGUGAUUUCGAACGAUAAAAUCCAAGCCGGAGAUAUCAUCGUCGGGUUUAGCUCGUACGGGCAAGCUUCGUACGAGACGGAGUAUAAUGGCGGGAUGGGAUCGAAUGGGUUAACCAGCGCCAGACACGACGUGUUUGCGAAAUCUGUCGGCGAGAAGUAUCCGGAGACGUUUGAUCCAGCCGUGCCGGAAGAUUUGGUGUAUUCUGGGAAGUAUCAGUUGACGGAUAUCGAGCCAGAAACUGGGAUGACGGUUGGAAAACUCGUCCUGUCGCCGACGCGAACGUACGCGCCGGUUGUGCGAGCGAUUUUGGACGAAGUUGGCGAGAAACGAAAAGAGGAAAUUCACGGCAUGGUGCAUUGCUCGGGAGGCGCGCAAACGAAAGUUUUACACUUUGUCGACGACGGGUUACAGAUUAUUAAAGACGACAUGUUCGACGUUCCUCCGUUGUUUCGGUUGAUCCAAGAGUGCUCAAACACGGAUUGGAAGGAAAUGUAUAAAGUGUUCAACUGCGGUCACAGGCUGGAGGUGUACGUUCCGUCGGUCGGCGUCGCGAAUAGAUUGAUCGAGUGCGGGAAGAAGUUUAACAUCGACAGUAAAAUUAUCGGACGAGUGGAAGAGAAGAGCGGGAAGAGCCAAGUGACGGUAUUGAGCGAGUACGGCGAGUUCGUGUACGACCCUUAA